CGAGGGGGUGAAGGAUGCGCGCGCUCGCCUCGGGCGCGGAGGGUGCGCGCCGCGCCCGCCGCCGGAGAAGCUGCUCAGCCUUGGAGGUGCCCUGCGUGCCGUAGCCGGAAUGCCUCCGGCGAAAUACAUCAUGUGUAAGUGGGAGAAGCGGUCAUGGCCAGCCAAGGAAUUGCCUAGAAGAUACACUUUCCGUAGUCAAGGCUCUGCGAAGGACAGCUCAGCCUUCAUCUGGGUUGAAAUCUUCUGUGUGAAUAAACAGAUAAAACUGCACCAUGCUGAUACUGAGCCCCUGACUGUUGCUAGGAUUGAAGAUAUCGCCUCCACGUUAGAACUGAGCAGGAACUGCCCCGAUCCUGUGCAGGAGAUAACUUACCGGCGAGCAUUAAGGGAGGCACUCAAUAUUUUGAAUUAUGGGGAGCCAUGCAGGAAUGAAGUCCCUUUGGAGCCGAGAACGUGGAAGCCAUCAGCCCAGGAGGAAGCACAAGCAGACCCGCGUGCGAGGGAAAGCCAGGCAAGUGCUGGGGGUGCUCUCACUUCCCCGCCGGCCAGGCAGGGUGAAGGCAAGCACUGCCGCUCUUGCACCCGGGCGCCUCAUGAGCACGAGCCCUCCACAUCGAGGCAGCAAGGCCGUUGCAACAGCGAGGGCCCGGCUGGCCAGCACCGUAACCUCUCCAAAGCAAAAGCGCCAGACACCCCCGAGAGAGAACAUCAGCCAUUGCCCAGCCCUGGUGCAGGCAGAAAAUCUCUGCCACGGUCCAAAGAGGCCCGCAUCCCCCACCGCAUUAAAGGAAAGCCUGCUGGGGAGAGCCGUUCUCCCUCACCGGCCUCAAAGCAUUUAGCUAGGACGAGCACCCCGGAUCGUAAUCCACACAGACGCCGCACUCAGGGAGCCCUGGAGGGCCAGACACCAGCGGCAUUGUCUCAGUGGCAGCAAAACUUACCUGGGGGCCCGGCUGAGUGUCCAUCAGAACCAGGCACAGAACUCCAGGAAGAGGGGGAGUCCCCACCCAGAAAACGCAGCAGAGUCUGUGAUGGCGAAGCGGAUUCGGAGGGCCCCGGGAGCGGCCAGAAAAGACGGAGUAGCGGCCUUGCUGAGAGUCUGGACCCAGAAUCCUCUCCCAAGGGGUCGCUUUGGGAACACAAAGAAGUGGCCGAGCAGGAAGGAGAACCAUCCCAGUGUUCGGAAGAUGAAGAAGAGUUUGUCUCUGCCAGGAACCUUUCCCCAAAGCUCAGUCCUGCCCAAGAGAUCUGUUCCAGCCCAAUUCUCGGGGAUGAUGAGGAGGAAGAAGAGGAACUGCCCAGUUUUCUCUUGAACCAACGACCUUGCUCCAUCAGGCCAAGCAUGCUGGUUUGGUGCAAACUCCCAAGGCAACCCUACUGGCCAGCUGUGGUAAAAAGGGUUGAAAGGAAAAGCAAGAAAGCCAGCGUGGUACUUAUUGAAAAGGACGUGGAUGACAAAUCGAAGGGGUUCUCUGUGUGCCUCAGAAGCCUGAAACACUUUGACUGUGAAGAGAAGCAGAAGCUGAUAGACAAAGCUGCCGAGACCUAUAGCUGCGAAAUCAACUGGUGCAUCAGAUUAAUAGCAGACUACAGAAUUAGAGUAGGUUGCCAUUCAUUCACGGGAUCCUUGCUGGAAUACUGUGCUGAUGACAUGAGCUACCCCGUUCGCAAGGAAGCCUCCAAGCACCCAUCCCCGCUGACUUUUCCCCAAGCACUGGAGGCCGCUCCCAAAGAGCCGCCCAAGGAAGCGCCGCGCCACCAGGUGGCAAAGAAGGUCCUCCCUGACCGGAUGCGGGCAGCCCGGGACAAGGCCAACAAGCGGCUGGUGGACUUCAUCGUCAAGACCCGGGGGGCAGACGCCCACCUCCAGUCCAUCCUGGGGAACACGAAGCCGUCGCGGUGGCUGCAGAAGUUCCUCCAUUCCCAGUCUUCUGUCUUGACCUGCAUAGAGACGUACCUGGAGGACGACAGCCAGCAAGAGCUUGUGGUUGAUUACCUGCAGGAGGUUUACCAGGCGGCUGGCGCCAGUGCGCCGCCUCUCUCGAACGGCAGUGCCCCCAAUUUCAUCCUGGAGGUCCUGUUUCCCGAGGCAAUCAUAUAUGCCAUUUCAGCCGUGGACCAAAUUGACUACAAGACAGCUGAAGAGAAAUACAUUCGGGGACCUCAGGUGACCGAAAGAGAGAAACAAAACUUUGAAGAAACACUUCGAGAAGAGAAGAAGAAACGGCGUUGACUGAGCAAAAGAUGGAAAACAAGAAGGGAAACCAGUUCCCCAGCCUAUCUUUCCAUCCAAAGCGUGACACCUGUGCAGUUACUUCUGUAUAUGAGAAACACUAUUUUGUGUGUGUGUGUGUGUGUGUGUCAGAAAGAGAAAUGUGCUUUAUUUUAUGAUUGUACCUCCUGCAGCACUUUCUUGGUCACCCUCUAAGUCCGAGUGUGGAUGACACCAAAAGCAAAUUUCAAGGUGAGCAUUGUAGAUAAGGGAGACCAACAAAUUGUUCCCCAAAGAAUUGAUGCUGCUUUAAGGCGGAUUCGCCUCUUCCCAUGAUUUCGUUUAACCAGAAGCAAAAGCAAAAUGAUUUUACACAGGAGCAGUGGCAGCAAGUUUAGCUGGUUCCCUGCUUCUGUGGGAAUCAUCCUGUUUCUGGUUUUCUGAGGGAGGUGGGGACAGGAAAGCCACUUCCUUCCACUUUAGUUUGAUCCCAAAUUCUGAAAACAUGUAGGUACUUUUUCUUCCCUUGGUUGCCUGGCCUGUGUGGCCAAGUCUGCGUGCACCAGUCCAGAACGCAAAAGCAGCACCUUCCUGCAGUGAGCCUGGCCUUUAAUUUUGUAAUUUAAGUGUAAAUUGUGGUAAGUGCAGAUACAAUGAAAUGUUCCAAGAGCUGACUGCUUUGCUUGUUAUUUUGUGCGCUUAUUUUUUACUGAGGGGAAAUAAAACUUUCCUCCAAAGA